AUCCCCACCUCUGUUUCCGCCGCCUCUCCCAAAAGUUCGGUCCCGUCAUCCUCCUUCAACUCGGACAAAUCCCAACUCUCAUUAUCUCAUCACCAAAAAUCGCCAAAGAAGCCUUCAAAACCCACGACCUCUCCUUCUCAAGCCGCCCCCCUUCUCUUCUCCGUCCAACACAUCUCCUACAACUGCACUGAAAUUGCCUUUUCCCCUUACGGCUCUUACUGGCGCCAAGUCAGAAAAAUCUGCAUCCUCCAACUCCUUAAUGCCAAAAGGGUCCAAUCCUUUGCCUUCAUUCGACAACAAGAAGUUUCCCGUUUGGUUAACAGAAUCUCCCACUCCACCAAUCCGGUGGACCUCACGAACCUCUUGGCAAUGUAUGCCAAUGAUGUGCUCUGUCGAAUGGCGCUUGGGAGGGAAUUUUCCACCGGUGGUGAGUACCAUCUUCAUGGGAUUCAAGAGUUACUCGAAGAGUAUCAGAUUUUGCUUGGUGGGUUUUUUUUUGCGGAUUUGUUCCCUUCUUUGUCGUUUAUCAGUACGCUAACGGGGACAAAAUCGAGGCUUGUGAAAACGUUUAAAGCGUUCGAUAAGUUGGUUGAUCAAGUAAUUGCUGAACAUCAGAGUCACGACCGUGAGAAACUUGGAGAAUCUAAGGAUCUUGUUGAUGUUUUGCUUGAUAUACAGAAGAAUGGUUUUGAAGAUAAAUUUCUCCUUACUAUGGAUAACGUCAAAGGCAUUAUUUUGGAUAUGUUUGUUGCAGGAACUGACACGACUUUCAUAGCGCUUGAUUGGGGGAUGACGGAGCUCAUAACACAUCCAAACGUCAUGAAAAGAGCACAAAGCGAAAUUCGUAGAGUUGUUGGUGAUAGAAGAAAUGUAACAGAGAGUGAUCUUUUAGAAAUGCCUUACUUGAAAGCUGUGGUUAAAGAGGUGCUCCGAUUGCAUCCACCAGUGCCGGUUUCGGUUCCGAGAGAAACUACAGAAGAUGUGAAGAUUGAAGGUUACGAUAUUCCAGCUAAAACAAGGGUUUUUGUGAAUAUUUGGGCAAUUGGGAGAGACCCAGAAUCGUGGAAGGACCCUGAGUUUGAGCCAGAAAGGUUUUUUGAGAGUGAAGUUGAUUACAAAGGGUUGAAUUUUGAGUUCAUUCCAUUUGGAGCUGGAAGAAGGAUUUGUCCAGGUAUUGCUAUGGGGAUAGUCACGAUUGAGCUUGCUUUGCCUCAAAUUUUGCAUAGCUUUGAUUGGGAACUUCCUAAAGGAAUUGAAGCUAAGGAUUUGGAUAUGACUGAAGUUUUUGGUAUCACAAUGCAUAGAAAAGCUCACUUGGAGAUUGUGGCAAAGCCGUACUUUGCCUCAUCCCUCUCCAAUUAACUACUGUUCAUUCCGAUCAAAAUAUCAUUUUCAUAUUCUUACUUUCGAAUUGUUUCAAUUUUAGUCGAAAUUUCUAAAUGUCUUAUUGAAGGUUAUGUACUUUCAAUAUAAAUUUUAAAUUUAGUUCGUAAAGUUGAUUUAAUGUGAAAAUAUUUCAAUUCAUGUCAACUUCUACCGUUUGUAUCAAAUUGAAAGUGGUUAUCAACUCAUUUGGAUUGAGUUUAGUUCAAAUAAAUAAAAAGUUUAUGUGUUAGCAUGGU